AUGAAUCUUCAGAAAGAUUAUUUAAUGUUCGAAAGUGACAAUGUAGACAUUGUUAUAGAAUUCUCUUAUAACAAUAAACUUUCAUCAUCAACAAAAUAUGAGAAAUCUCAUUUCAAAUUUAUAACAUCAUUGGAGCUUACAUUGAAUAGCUUUUCACGACUAAGAACAGAAAGGAAAACAAUCAAAAGAGAUUUGUGA